CUCUGGACCCGUUUCUCGUCUUCUUUCCCGCGCACACCUCCCAAUUCCGCAGAAAGGAACCCUAAUUCCGUUUCAUGGAAGCCGAUCUUUCGAAUCCAUGCCCGCAAAGCUUAAUCAACGAGAAUGUCGUUCCUGGUGAUGUUGUUUUGGAUGUCUCAAGCAUGGUGAAUCAGACGGUGAAAUUGGGCGUUGGCUUGCGCCAGGAAUGUGAUUCGCUGUCGGUUUUCAAGGCUGGGAAGCUGCGGUUUUUGAAACCGAACAAGUAUUGGGUUGAAAGCUCCCACAAGAGGUAUGUACCAUCUGCUGAAGAUACAGUUCUUGGCAUUGUGGUUGAUAGUAAGCCGGAUAACUUUCUUGUCGACAUAAAGGGACCUUCUUUGGCAUUUUUACCUGUACUUGCGUUUGAAGGAGGGACCAGGAGAAAUAUUCCAAAGUUUGAGGUAGGGACACUAUUGUACGUUCGAGUUGUUAAAGCCAAUAAUAGCAUGAAUCCUGAGCUCUCAUGCACGGAUGCUAGUGGAAAAGCUGCGGAAUUUGGCCCCUUGAAAGAUGGCUACAUGUUUGAAACAUCAACUGGUCUCGCACGAAUGUUGCGAAGCUCUCCGACAUGUCCAGUUCUUGAGGCUCUUGGAAAGAAAAUGUCCUUUGAGACAGCUAUUGGGUUAAACGGCCGUGUUUGGGUGAAUGCACCGUCUCCAUCGAUGAUAAUUCUUGUAUCAAACGCAAUCAUUAACUCAGAGUUCUUAAGUGGUGCACAGCAAAGAAUUAUGGUAGAGAAGCUUGUGCAAAGAUUUAGUGAUGCUUAACACAAUGGCAACAGCUCGGUCUCUCGUGCUCCUUUUACUGCCGCCAUAGACAAUGUGCAUCAGAAAGCUGAGCGAUCAUCUUUUCAUGACAAUAGUCUUACAAAAUUGUCAAAAUACACUAGAAAUGCUUUGUUGUAUUUCAUCCGAAGAAAUGAAGCAGAAAAUUUUGCAGGAUUCAUUCCA